UUUUUAACCCACAUUAACAGCAGCUUCUGAUUCUUAGAGCAUUAGCUUUCCGAGCAGCUUCACAGACCUCCAAGGAAUCAGCAACCUUUAUUCUUUUAAUACGAAACACUAACGUCUUCAAGCUGCUGAUAGGGGCCAAUGUUUACUGAAGAAUGGAAUAUAAAACAAAUCACACAGAGAGCUUGAACAGCUGUAUCCCCAACAGCUCCAAGGCUGUUCAAAACUUUUCUAUGUCUGGUGACCUCUCCAGGAUGAGCUAUGGCAGCUUUAUCAUGCCCACCCUGUUUGGCAUUAUCUGCUUGUUGGGCGUUAUUGGUAACAGCUUGGUUAUCUACACAGUCUUUAAGAAAUCCAGCCCUACCAGUAGUGUCCCAGAUAUCUUCAUCAUCAAUCUCUCCAUGGUAGACCUACUCUUCCUCCUGGGCAUGCCCUUCCUCAUCCACCAGCUGCUGGGAAAUGGAGCCUGGCACUUUGGGGAGAUGAUGUGCACAGUCAUCACUGCCCUGGAUGCUAACAGCCAGUUCACCAGCACCUACAUUCUCACUGCUAUAUCCAUCGACCGCUACCUGGCCACUGUCCACCCAUUCACCUGUACUCACUUCAGGAAGCCCCCUGUGGCAAUCAUAGUCAUCUGUGUACUCUGGGCCCUUUCCUUCCUCAGUAUUACACCUGUGUGGAUGUAUGCUCAGCUCAUCCCUCUACCAGGAGGGCUGAUAGGCUGUGGGAUAUGCUUGCCAGACCCCCAGAGGGACAUUUACUGGUACACUCUCUAUCAGUUUUUCCUGGCCUUUGCCAUCCCUUUUGCCCUUAUCACAGCAGCUUACAGGAAGAUCUUGCUGAAGAUGUCCAGGUCCUCAGAAGCACUGAUGAGCCAAAGAAGCACAAGAGCUGCUCGAACCAAGAAAUUGACCUGUACAGCAAUUGCCAUUUGUGCAGCUUUCUUCAUUUGUUGGGCACCUUUCCACUUCCUACAACUGGCCCAGCUUGCCAUUACUUACCCUACCCUGCCUUUCCACUGUGCCUACAAUGUGGCCAUCAGCCUGGGUUAUGCCAACAGUUGUCUGAAUCCCUUUAUCUACAUCCUGCUGGGACAGAAUUUUCCAAUGCGGCUUGGGGUCCCUGUAACACCAGCAGCUGCAGGACAUGCCACUCCAAAGGGGAUCAAAAACUUUAAUGGGGAUGCAAGUGAAUCAGGGCAGCCACUACUGCAUUUGGUGUCUGUCUCUGGCAGGUAACAAAUCAUGCAGUAAUAAGGAUACGCCCCCACUAGCCAGUCAUUUUCCUCCUUUCCUGAGGAAACAUGAAGUCAGGAAUAGGGUAGUGUUGUGCUUAAUUUGCCUAUGGGAUAUAUCUUUACCUUGCUUAGAGACAAAGUAAAGGCAGCACUGAGGCAACAAGUAUACUCCAGCUCAGAGGCUAGCCACACUAUUUCCUUCUACAUCUUAAUAUUGAUUUUCAUUAUGCAAUUCAUUCUGUCAUCAGCACUUAUCAGGAGCCAAAGCUGUGAACUCUCAAUUGCCAGCAGCUAGAAGUAGAACAUAGCACAGUUUCUCUCCUGCUGUCCUGACCUUCAUGUGUUUAUCAGCUGCUCCUUUCAAAGCUUCUCAACACAUCCUUUUAAUAAGAGCUACUUUCAGUACUGCACCAUCACCACAGUAGCAUGUUUUCAAAAGGAGAUACACUGAAGCAAUAGAACUAGGUCAGCGCAGACCAUGUAGUUUUAGUGGAGAUGGAAGUCAUCCCUCAAAUGACGAGUUCGUGUUGUUGAUUUUAAAGUUAUUUAACAUACCUGUGAAGUUAAGAACUCUGCAUCAUGCAAAAUAAUCUUUGUUACAAUUGUCCCUUUUGCUCUUGAAAAAAAUUAGAGUGAUAUCACACUCUCCCACAUUUAAACUUCAGAAGAAGAGAAGACUUCAACACAGUUUUCAGCAAGGGAGGUGUGGAGAGGGUAUUGGAACUGUUUCAACCCUCUUGGCUUCCUGCAGAACACAGGCAGCCCAGUAGGGAAGCAGCAGGUGCCUUUUCCACCAUGGUGGUACCAGGCCCAGCUAGUUCCUCAGCAUGACCAACUCAGGCUUUCUGAGCAGCACUACCUCCCAAAGGCUUGUAGGCCCCACUUCAGCAUGAGAGCAGCUCUGAGGUAUGCUUCUAAGCCCUCAUCCUUAUAUCCCAGAGUAUUCCAAACAUCCUGAGCCCUUCUGAGGAUGGUUGCAGCCAAGAGCUUUGAAACAGAUCCUGAACCAGGUACUUGGAGCCUUGCCCACACAUGCAGGACAGAGGGAAGAGAGGUAUAUGCUAUCUCCACCUGCAAUAAUGUUUUUUGUCCUCUUGCUGCACCAUUAUUUGCCCUUCUAUAUUCAUUAGCUUCAUUAAUACUUCAAAACUCCCUUUUGAUGUCCUCAAAUCAGCACAAUUGAGCCACCCUGGGAGAAAAAUGAAGUUAGUCCUCUUGGAGACUAGGGACAUAUCUCCUCUCAUAUUUCCCCAAGCAGAUACUAGCCAGAAACAGGAACCAAGCUAGAAUCACCCUCAGUUGACCUGUGUGGUUGUCACUGUAUGUCACUUCCUUGCAUAACCACCCCAGCUCUUAAGAAUAGUGUAAAGGAUAAAGAAAGUAACAGCAAGAGUAAGCUUUCAUGUUUAGAUAAAGGUAUAUGUAAGUGAAGUGUUUCAAGGGUCCUUGCUCCUUAAAACUUCCAGGUGAUUAUGUGAACUACAUAAGCAACCUUUUAAUUUAUGGGGAUAUUGUUCUGUAAAACAGAAGUGGUAGACUUUCAUGUGACAGCUAGGAUUUACAAAAUGUUAUGUAAGCUAUUCUAGAUGGAAUUUGGUUCUCCAUUCUAGCUGAGAAAAAAACUUCUCUACCCAAACAUGCACUAAUCUCUUACCACAUUUCAGAAUGAGGGGAGAGAUAGGGAAGGAGAAAAAUUAAGAACAUUUGGCCUUUCUGAGCCAAACAAGGCUAGAGCACACACAGAUAAGUGCUGUGUUAACAAAAUAAACCCUCUUCCUUAAGUACCACUUUCACUAGCUUCUACAAAAGAAGUGUAGACAGCCAGGAACAACACCACUUGAGUAUUGCUAUUGCUCCACAAUUCAUGUAAGAGAGGCAUGAGUAAAUAGCUAGCUAAAACCAGAAGCAGGGCUGCUGUGCUGUUUCUGCUUCCCCAACAACUCUAGAAAAGGGAAAGAAUGGUACAAAUGAAUGAUAGUUAGAGGUCCAUCAUCCUAGGAAGUAUCUACUUAUCACUGGAUGUAACAUUACUGUAAAUAUGGUGACCUAGCUAAAAAGAGACACUGCUAUGUAAAAAUGCAAAGAAGAAGGACCAUCAGUUUCAAUAGAAGAACAAGGACAUGAAAUCCAUCGUAGAUGUAAAUACUUCAUGUUACAUCUAAAAAUCAAAUGCAAUAGGACUUAACCCAUGCAAUCCUUUCAAACCUAACCCUUACCAACUUGAUAAGAAAUGAAUACAGCAGUGCAGAGGAUUUUAAUUCUUUGAUAUUCUGCUGCAUGCAUUUGUAUUUUCAUGCACCAUUUCCUUGGCUGUGUGAAGUCAUGUGUACAGAAUGCAAAAUAAAGCUUAAUUGCAUGCCUGAAACCACCUGACUGAAAAUAAACUGUUACCUCUACAGGCAGUACUGUCAUUUCCUAUACUAAAAGCAGCAAACAACUGUACAGUGACUUUUAAAAAUAUAAGCUGACCUUUUACCAAAAGCACUGAUUUACUAUUUCUCACGUCCUGCUGAAGCUUGAAGUGCUACCACCUUUCAUACAAGAAUAAUUAGUACAAGCACUUCU